UGAUUUUGCAUUUCCAGGCGAGAACUGUUUGUAAACAAAACAGUUCUCUCCCCUGUCAGCUCCUGUACAUUGCCAUGCAAAGCAGUGUGCUUACAGUGAAGCACAAACACACAGCCCCACAGUAAAACACACCCAGCACACAGUUAACCCUUUCAUCACCCCACAUGUUAACCCCUUCCUGCCCAGUGCCAUUAGUACAGUGUCAGUGCUUUUUAUUAGCACUGAUCACUGUAGUGGUGUCACUGGGGAUGUCAGUGACACCAAGUCAGUUCUCCCCAGUGUCAGAAUGCCCGCCACAG